CACCAAAUGCCGCCAGCCACGUGUGUCUGUCUGUGAUGAGAAUUUGUUUAGAGUUUGCUGAGUACGACGUCGACGAAGGAAUCCUCGCCCUCGCCCACCCAGGCCACCUUGGCGCCAGGCUCGAUGAUCAUCGCAUAGCUGACACACACAGAACAUUCACCACAAACCAAAAGGAGGGAGGGAGAGGUGCCAUGGGAUGAGAUGAGGUGCACCUUUGUGUGUGGAUUUGGUGUGGGGUGUGUGUGGUGGGGAGGGGUAGUUACGUUAGUUACCGGUUGGAUCGCGAGCCGAGGUAGUUAGCCGAGGCGUCCAGCACCAUACCGAUGGCCUGAACGGGGUUUGAAAGAAACAAGGACACACACACACGCACAUCAUUCAGAUGUGGCGGGUGUAUGGGGUGGGUGAGUAGGUCGUCCUUCUGCUGCACCGCAAGGCACCUACCUUGGUGAAGUCUCCGUUGCCGUCGCUGAUCAUCAGCACACUGUCGGGCACAUUGACGUCCUUCUUCCAGGCUGAUUGAUCCAAGCACACAACCAACCAUCCACAGCACGGUGAGACAGACAACACACACAGGAAAAGUGGAAGUAUACGCGCGCGCGUGUGGGAUGGAUGCGAUGCUUGUGGGUGGGGUGAGACGACGCACCUACCCUUCAUGACGAACGGGUCAUUAACGGCGAUGCACGCGAUGGUCUUCACGCCCUUGGCGGCCAACUCAGACGCCUUGCUCACGAAGCCUGACCAGGCCACAUGCCACACACACAUGCACACGCAGAAAUAUGUGUCUGUCUGUCUGCCUGUGCGGCUGGUGUGUGGCGCGUACCGGGCAGGUGCUUCUCGCUGCAUGUGGGGGUGAAGGCACCUGCACACAGGCGCACAAGACACUUGCCAUCCACCCACCGGUGCACCACAGUGCAUGCCUUUGUGCCCUGUCUCUGCCUGUCUGUCCUUGUCUUUGGCUCACCCACCCGGGACGGCGAAGAGCACCCCCUUGUCGGUGAAGACGUCCUUGAUGCUCUUGACCUCAUCCCCAACCUUCACCUUCACAUCAGGCAGCUGCUCACAUCACACCGACCACACACCCACAUGCACCACAUGCAGCACAUGCAGGUCGUUUAGCGCCUGGAUCUCCCUGCUGCCGUGUCCUUCCAUCCCCCUUUUCGUCGCACCGUUGCUCCGGCAGCGAUUUUGGCCAUCGUGGUCGUGGCGAAGUGUCGGGGCGGCUCACACAGAGAGUGGCGAAAGAGGGACGGCCGGAAGGCUGUGGUGGCAGAUCUGAAGGCUGAC